AUGGCGAUGCGGGUAGAGGAGGCUUCGCGGGGAAGAGGCGGCGGCGCCGAGGAGGCAGUUGAGGCUGGACGGGCCGGACGGCGACGCAGCCCGCGGCAGAAGUUUGUGAUUGGCACAAUGGAAGAAGCUGGAAUGUGCGGGCUAGGGGUGAAAACGGAUAUGUUGCAUAACUCUCAGUCCAAUGAUAUUCUUCAGCAUCAAGGCUCACACUGUGGUGGCACAAGUAACACGCAUUCCUUGGAAGAGGAUGCACACAGUGACUUUAUCACGAAGGGCAGGAGUUUGGUGAGCCCAGAGUACUGCACACGAGAGUCAAGGGAGGAAAUUCCUGGGCGAGAGGCUCGAACAGAUCCCCCUGAUGGUCAGCAAGAUUCAGAGUGCGACAGGAACAAAGACAAAACCUUAGGAAAAGAAGUCUUAUUAUUGAUGCAAGCCCUAAACACCCUUUCAACUCCAGAAGAAAAGCUGGCAGCUCUCUGUAAGAAAUAUGCCGAUCUUCUGGAGGAGAACAGGAACAUUCAGAAGCAAAUGAAGAUGCUGCAGAAGAAGCAAGCCCAGAUCGUGAAAGAGAAAGUUCAUUUGCAGAGUGAACACAGCAAGGCUAUCUUGGCAAGAAGCAAACUCGAGUCUCUUUGCAGGGAACUUCAGUGUCACAAUAAGACGUUAAAGGAAGAAAAUAUGCAGCAGGCACGAGAGGAGGAAGAAAGACGGAAAGAGGCCACUGCGCACUUCCAAAUCACUUUGAAUGAAAUCCAGGCACAGCUGGAGCAACACGACAUACACAACGCCAAGCUCCGCCAGGAGAACGUGGAGCUGGGCGAAAAGCUGAAGAAGCUCAUCGAGCAGUACGCACUGAGGGAGGAGGUAGGCCAACUGGGGUGUCCCCUCCCUGCGAGCCAAAAGCAUUCACUGAGACUCUUCCCCCAGGGCGCUUUAGAACCUCGGUGUAUGCGUGGUGCAAGUCUGGCCUUCCCUCACAGGAUUCGUGGGGACCAUACUCAUGGCCCAGAAGUCAGCGGAUUUGGGUGCGUGAGGCAGUUUCUUGGAGACAAUGUUAAACACUACUCGUCCUCCGUGUGA